AGAUAAUAAUAUGGAUCGACCUCAAAACGUUUAAGUUCUUAUUUAAGCCGAGCUUCACGUAGUAUAUAACACUGCGGCAACGUAAGGCGUGUGGAAGCAUGGCUGACAAGGAAGGUAAUAAAUUUGGACCUGAGAAUGAAUUUGCCAAGAGGAUAGAUCCUACAAAAGAGAAAUUGACGCAGGAACAGAUUAAGUAUAUCCGUCAAGCGGAGCUGGCUCAGUGGAAGAAGAAAAGCCAGAAGCUUCGUGGUCGGAACAUUUUAACUGGACUCGCCAUUGGAGCCAUAGUGAUGGGAAUAUAUGGGUACACAUUCUACUCUGUAUCCCAAGACAGGAUCAUGGAUGAAAUAGACCAGGAAGCAAAAGUGGCAGCUAGGAUGCGUGGGGCAAAGACUGGAGCGAAUUGAACCUGAACUGGCGUCGGAAGGCUGUGGUGUCUUUGGAGCAAGAGGUGGUUUGCACAGACUCCAAAAGGGGACAAACCUAUUGAUCACUUAUUGCCUGCUAGGUCCCGACCAAGAAAUGUGGAAGCCAUGUGAACCCAUGUCUUCUCCCGCGCGAGGCACACCAUAGCCAGAGAAACACACGGGGGCAGUGCUGCAGCAAAUAUUGCUAGUGGAAAAUAAAAUUACAUAUACAUUGAGUUUUGUAGGGUUUUUGAUACGUGGGGAAAGAAGCAUGAGAUUAAAAUGUCAGUCACGCUGUAAAUAUUUGUUGUAGUAACGUAAUAAAUGAUAAGCGUAAUAAUAACAAAUGGUGGGGUCUUGUAGUUUCUGUAGUAACGUAAUAAAUGAUAAGCGUAAUAAUAACAAAUGGUGGGGUCUUGUAGUUUCUUCGUACUUCAUAUACAUUAUAUAACCAUAUAUAUAAUAUAUGCGACAAAUACAUUUUUCCCCAAGUUUAUUGUACAAACUCAAUUUGAAGCCUGGUACAUGUAUAAAAAGGGAAAGGCACGCCAUGGUAGUAUAGCAGCUUUGCGCAGAAAGCAUCACAUUCACUAAAAUGGCUUAAUCACAUUUUUCUCAAUCUUAUAUAUCCUAUUUGUAUCUGUCAAAUGCAAUGUGCAUAUUUAGGCAAAAUAAAGUAGUUUGCAGCUUGUGACUAA